UGCGUGAAGUCGAACACGCCCAAUCGCGACGCAAUUACGUUACGUAGCACACGAAGAAGUGCGCUGAAUUUGUAAACUUGUGUAAGUUUGUUACGUGAUGUUUGUGUAAGGUGCUAGGUGGGUUUGUGUAACAUAACCAACGCAACCGUCCACAUUUAAACUACGAGAGUUCGCUAUGAAGGCAGCAAAAGUUUCAGAUACUCCUGUGGAGUUCAUUGUUGAAUACCUGCAAAAAGCUAAAGAGAUUGCAGAGAAUAAUGCCAAUGUUCCAGCUGAACUACGAGAUCAUCUGCAGAAGGCCCUGGACAUCGCCGGCGGUCUGGAUGGAUACCUGGAACACAUGAGUAGCCCAGAGAGUGAACCGCUGGCUGAGUUGUACAGGAAAUCAAUGACCCAUGACUGGGAUAAGGUAUAUAAGGAUGGAAAAACCUUGUUCAGGCUUCCUAAUACAUGCAUUACUGGACAGGUAGAAGGUCAAGUAUUGAAGAUGCUGGUUCACAUGAGCAAAGCAAAGAGGGUCUUGGAGAUAGGAAUGUUCACUGGAUAUGGAGCAUUGUCAAUGGCUGAAGCUUUGCCACAGGACGGCCAACUCGUCGCCUGUGAGCUUGAGCCUUAUCUGAAAGACUUUUCCCAGCCCAUAUUUGACAAGUCUCCACAUGGUAAAAAGAUAACUGUGAGGACAGGGACUGCUAUGGAUACCCUGAAGGAAUUAGCUGCCGCAGGAGAGCAGUUUGACAUGGUUUUCAUUGACGCAGACAAACAGAACUACAUUAACUAUUACAAGUUCCUCCUGGAUCAUAAUCUUCUGCGCUUAGAUGGAGUUAUAUGUGUGGACAACACUCUGUUUAAAGGAAGAGUUUAUCUCAAGGAUUCAACAGAUGAUAUGGGGGUAGCAUUGAGAGAUUUCAAUCAGUUUGUCAAAAAUGAUCCACGUGUAGAGCAGGUCAUUAUUCCUUUAAGAGAUGGUCUUACUGUUAUACGAAGAGUCCCGUACACACCUCAGCCAGACACGCAGAGCGCAGUGAACUACGACGAGGUCUUCAGAGGAGUUCAAGGGAAGCCGGUGCUGGACCGGUUGCGUUUGGAUGGAAAAGUGGCCUAUGUGACCGGGGCCGGUCAGGGCAUCGGAAGAGCCUUCGCACAUGCUCUCGGGGAAGCCGGAGCCAAAGUGGCCAUUAUAGACAUGGAUAAAGAGAAAGCAGAGAAUGUGGCUCAUGAACUAACUCUGAAAGGCAUUUCCAGUAUGGCCGUUUCAGCAGACAUUAGCAAACCAGAGGACGUUCAUAAGAUGAUUGAUGACAUUGUUUUAAAAUGGGGCACAAUUCACAUUGCUUGCAACAAUGCUGGCAUUAACAAAAACUCGCCCAGUGAGGACACCAGUCUGGAGGAAUGGGACCAAACCUUUAAUGUUAACCUCAGAGGGACUUUCAUGUGUUGCCAGGCGGCCGGUCGUGUCAUGCUGAAGCAGGGAUACGGCAAGAUAAUCAACACAGCUUCCAUGGCCAGUUUAAUAGUGCCACAUCCACAGAAACAACUCUCCUACAAUACAUCCAAGGCUGGGGUGGUAAAGCUCACACAGACCUUGGGUACCGAGUGGAUCGACAGAGGGGUUCGAGUCAACUGCAUCUCCCCAGGCAUUGUUGACACCCCUCUCAUCCAUUCAGAGAGUCUGGAGCCUUUGGUUCAGCGCUGGCUGUCAGACAUCCCAGCCGGACGACUGGCUCAAGUGACAGACCUCCAAGCUGCAGUAGUUUACUUGGCAUCUGAUGCCUCUGACUACAUGACGGGGCAUAACUUAGUCAUAGAGGGUGGUCAGAGUCUAUGGUAGAGAAAGUUUGCAUCUCAAAUUUAAGAGAUACUGUCACUUCCACAGUUUUUUUUUUGGGGGGGGUGUAGAGUGAGUAACUCAUAUCAUUUGAUUUCAAUGAUGCAGUAUGAGAUGCUAUAAUUUAUGCAUUCCAUGUGAAUCGAACCCUUGAUGUUGGAGUUGCUCGCAACACUUCACCAAUUAAACUACUGCUGUGCUGAUUAAUGUACUGAGUCAAUUGUUAGCAACUUGUGCAUUAUUUAACAUACUUGCUAUUGAAUUUUGUACAACAAAAGUUGUUAACAUUAUAGUUAAUGCACAAUAAACAAUUGUAUUGACUCUAACAAAUAUUAAAGGCAUAGUUCCCCUAAAAUGAAAAUUCUAUCAUUUACAUA